AUGACGACCACUGUAACCCAAACCGAGACUGCCACCCCAAAAGUUGCUCCAAUCAGAAUCGAGACUUCCGUUAACUACGAUGAGGCUCCGUACAAAUACGCCGACUACCUCCCCAAUUACAUUCCCGGCCUCCAAUCACCUCUCGAAGAAUUUGAACACCACGACCCCGGAUCAAGAGCCGACCCAGCCAAAGCCGCUCUCUUAAAUGCCCCUGGAAUCACCGUCAAUGAGAUCACUCCCGCAACUGGCACCGAGAUCCACGGGAUCCAGCUCAGCGCUCUCACUGACGCGCAAAAAGAUGAGCUUGCACUCCUCGCCGCCGAGCGCGGUGUCGUUGUCUUCCGUAAUCAGGACUUCGCUGACAUAGGACCUGAACGCCAACGCGCUUUCGGCGCGCAUUUUGGUCCGCUGCAUGUCCAUCAGCAUGGGGGUCAAGUGAAAAAUUUCCCAGAGCUACUGCCCGUGUAUCGCGAUUUCAAGGCCGGGUCUGUGGACAAUGAGAUCAAGAACAAUGUGAGCAGUAUCAAGUGGCAUUCGGAUAUGAGCUAUGAGAUAAAUGGCAUGGGCACGACGAUCUUUUUCUCACUAGAGACGCCGGUUUCUGGGGGUGAUACGUUGUAUCUAUCUACCACAGCGGCGUAUAAUGCGCUUUCUGAGACGUACAGGACGAGGUUGCAUGGUUUAGAGGCCACGCAUUCUGGGUUCCAGCAGGCGCAGGUCGCGGAGAAUAAGGAGAGGUAUAUUCGGAAGCCGAUUGAGACUGUGCAUCCGGUUGUGAGGACGCAUCCUGUAACGAAAACGAAUUCGCUCUACGUGAAUCGUCUCUAUACGCGCAAGAUUGUGGGCCUGAAGGAGGAAGAGAGUGCGAGCAUUUUAGACUUCCUCUACAAUCACAUCGAGCAUGGUCAAGAUUGGCAUAUCCGCGUUCACUGGACGCCGGGGACAGUUGUGGUUUAUGAUAAUCGCGUGACGCAGCAUUCCGCUCUACGGGACUUCCAGGUCAAGGAGGGCGAGACGAGGAGGCAUAUGCUUCGCAUUACGCCGCAGGGUGAGCGGCCAAGAUUUGAAGGUAGUUGA